AUGACGGACAUAACGAGGGUUUUGCCGAAGGCGUUGUUGUGGGAAAUCGUUUCACGCUUAACUCCAAGGGAUGCAAGCCGGACAUCUGCCGUUUGUUCGUACUUCAAGGAAUGUGCAGAUUCCGAUGAGACUUGGCGAGACCUUCACCUCUCUGAUCACCCCGUUCUUGUAGCCGAUGGAACCAAGAGAUUCUUCUUGGAAAAAGAGAGUGGCAAGAAGUGUUACAUGAUAGGAGCAAGCGGGCUUCAUAUUAUCUGGGGAGAUACGCCUCGCUACCGGAGUUGGAUUCCAAUUCCAGAAUCCAGAUUUCCCCAAGUAGCAGAGCUCGACCAUGUAUGGUGGUUUGAAGUGAAGGGCAACUUACAGAUUAGGCUUCUGUCCUCAAAAACAUCAUAUGAUGUGUUCUUCAUCUUCAAGUUUGGAAGCAACAGAUUCGGAUUUACGGAUGCACCGGUGAGUUUCAGUCUCACUAAAGGAGAUCAAUCCCCGCCUCGGGAAGUGGUGCUUGACCCUCCAGGAUCUGAUGUUACGCAGAGGGAAGACGGAUGGAUGGAAAUUAAGGUGGGGGAAUUUUUCACUGAAGAAGAUGGUGAUGAUGAUGGCCUAGUGGAGUUUAGAGCAUGGCAGACUGAAGGUCAUAUUAAAAGAGGCAUUUUAGUUGAAGGAAUUGAGUUCAGGCCUACAAGGAAUGAAUAAAGAAGAAAAUUGUAUACAUAUUUCAGCCUGGUUCGUUUGUGGAGUGAUUUUCAUGGAUUUUGAAUGAUGCUAAGAAUGAGAAGGAAAAUGGAUUGCAAUGGAACGAAUAGUUAUGUUUGCUAUGUAUGUGAAGGAAUUUAAAGUUUAGGAAAAAUUUAAUGCUUCGAGUUCAUUUUCUAAA